GCGCUGUGGCAGCAGAAGGCGAACACGAUGCAUUCAAAGCGCGCCCUCCGUAGAAGAAAUGCGGGCUCUUUCCUCUUAUCUGUUGGUGAAUGGUGUAGCUAUUCGCGUAGCCGUCUGCAUUUAACACCGAUAAGGUGGUCAAGAACGUUAAGGUCAACAUUGAAUCUGCAUUGAACCCAGUCAUGGAGUUUGGACGUACUACUCUGCAAAAUAUCAUGGAUGAUGGUUUAAGCCAAGACUUGAUGAACGCUGGCCGGUUUUGCUUCAGCUGUGAGCAGAUAUUUUCCAGUAGGAAAUGCAUGGAAGAACACAUAUGUCCUUCUGUAAGUUACAUCUGCUCAUGUGGAACUGAAUUUGCUGUAUAUAAAGAUAUGCUGGUUCACAGCACUACUCAUGAACCAGGACACCAGGUGCUUGAUCAUCAAACUAUAAAGAAGCGCAGAAUUGAAAAGCAUAAAGAAGAGGCGGAGAAGCUCCAACGACUCCAGUCAGGUGAAGUUGUCUGGGAAGCCCCUAAGGUGAACAAGAUGUCAGUGAUUUCCUUGCCAACAAAGACUCCACCUCAGACUAUUCUUCCACAACUCCCCAGACAGCCUCUGCCGAUUCCACAAGUGCCUGAGAUGUACCCAUCAUAUGGGGCACCAGUAGAGGUGGCCCCAAAUCCUCGCUCUACAGCUGUUGCACCAACAGUGGAUCUGUGGACACUUUUCCAGCCUGUGGUGCUAGUAAGAACAUUGCGCAAGUUUAACACGAAAAAACCAUAUACUUGUGGUAAAUGUGGCCAGUGUUUUAUGACAAAGAUGGCUCUGGUCUCACACCACAGCUGUCAUGUUGCAGAUAAAGUUUCUGGCUGUAUAGGGUGUGGGCUUCUGCUCUCCAGUAGGAAGUUAGUCCCACGCUUUCAUACCUGUAACUCACCUGGUGGUGCUACUAAAUUCAAACUGAUCACUGCAAGGCCACUUAGUGAGAUGAAACCAGUUACAGGUCAUAUAAACAACAGUCAGAAUCAGAGCCAUCAUUUCACUCCCUCCCCACAGUUACAAACCCAGAAUCGUAGUGUAGCCAUUAAAAUCAGUACACCCUUUGACGGCACACUCAACCAGCAGUUCAAGCAUCUGAAUCCCGGUUCAUUUGCACCUGCCUCCUUGCCUGCUCGCACUAAGAGUCCAAGUUCUGGUGUAUACACUAAAAACAGUAAAGGGCGUCUUGGUGCUCCAUAUUCACAGUUGAUGUCUUCCAUGCGAGUAUCGGAUAUACUGAGCAAACAGAGGCAGGCUCCAUCAAGCUACCCAUGUCGAGUCUGUCAUAUUCAUUUUGACAGCGCAAAAGGCCUUCAGAGACACAAGUGUGUCAAAGCCAAAGAGUUCAUGGCACAGCACACACAGGCAGGUAGACUGGCACUUCCCAGGCCGAAGCAGGUCACGUCAGUGAUGAGUCCUUCUCAGAUGAAUGGGGAGCAAAGAUUUGGGGCUCCAAUGUCUGCAAACAUCAUAAUGAAGAACCAAAGCGGGACUGUUGGUAUGGACAGAAACAAGACAACAGCAGUGAUCCCAGAUGAUGAUUGUUACAUUGUUGAAAGUGGACCAGACAAUCCAGCAGAGAUGAUUUACCAAGUAACCUCAUCUGUCCCCAUCAAGAUUUGACAAAUCAGCGGACUGGCUGGAGGAAGAUGAAAUUGUUCUGAUUCAACAGCAUCUACUCAUUUUAGUUGAUUGCUUAGGGACACAACUGUUCUGGUUUCUCUCACUAUUUUAAGAUAUAUCGCUGUAGUAUAGAUAGUGAAAUCAUUCAUGCAUUUUAACCAAGCUGGAUAUCUUUUUCAGUCUGAUAUUUGCCUACCAAAACGAAUACAUUGGGUAAAGGAAAUGUAAAUGAGUAAGUUCCUGAAAUGUUUGUUCAAGGUUUUCCGAUGUUGAAGUGGGAUAAUGUUUCACUGUAUAGGUGUUUUUUUUUUUUUUUGUUUUGUUUUUUACUUUAUUAUUAAAGAUCUUAGUAUGUUCACUGUGUUGUGGGUCUGAGAAAUAACCGCAAUGCCUUCUGCGUUGCAGCUCUGUCAAACUAAAUAACCCAGUAUAUGUCGUAUUAAACUAUAUUUUUAAAUUCAUUGUUUUUGCAUUCACAUGAUGGUGCAUGUAAUAAAUUGUACCUAGUCACGUUGCUAAAAAUGUAAGAUAAUUUGAUUAUAUAAAAUGCUUUGAUGAAUGACACUUCAUGUAAUAUUUUUUGUACAGUUUACUGUAUUGUAUGAAAACUUUGUAAAUAUUAAGAAUAUAAUACUUAAUUCCACUUUGGGCUUUUACAUUUCCUGUCUAGUGUUAAAUCUUUUUGAAGACUUCAAAGUUUCAGUUUCUUAUGAAUGCUCUGUUAUGAUCACAUCUGCGCCAUAUUAGUUAAUAUUCUUGAUGAAACCUGUCGUGAAUUCAUGGCUCACUGUUUCCUUCAUCACCCUACUGUCCAGCAGAGGGGGCCACAGAACAGGCUGAUGUUGGUCUGUUGGUGAUGAGACUCUUGACAUGGGGAGUAAAAUGUCCUUCGACAGAGGAAGCAGUGACCAAAAUACAGUCUCUGAGAUCUCUUCUGUGACAUCUCAUCCUCGCAAUUCCUGUCAUGUUCCUCCAGAACGCAAAGAGAUGUCUGAAGAUAAGAGAUGCAGCAAGGAGGACCUGGACCGUCGGUGGGAAGAGGAAGUGAAAGCAACAGAACUGAACCAGCCUGCACGUGGAUCUGACAGCGUUAGUCACUCUGAAACUGAACACAAAGCAAAUCAGAGUGAACACAUAUCAUCACAGGUAGGGAUGGACCAAAAGUCGCAAAUAACAUUUGCAAGUGCAUGCAGCAAGACACUGGACAUCCAUGAACAGUCUGCGGGGAGUCGUCGGAAAUGUGGGCGGCCCCGUAGAAUAAAACAGAUGCCAACUGAAGAUGUAGAAGAGCCUAUAGAGCCUAUUGAUAUGAGGGUCAUUCGGCCCUUGCCAACUUGUGCAGAAAACCACAGUGAUGAUGUGCCUAUUGAAAUAGAAAGUCCAUUAAUCAGUAAUUCAGAUGAUAAUGAAGUGCCUGGUGCUCUUGACGAUGCUAAAGCAAAAGAUGGUGACUCUGAUCUGCAAAGAAAAAGAAGAGGGAAGCUGAAAAGAACAGAUACUGUACCUAAAAAAAACACGAAAAAGCCUGAUUCCCCUCCUCCUCUUCCUCCUCCCCCUCCUCCUCAUGUUGAUAAUAAUAGCGGGCCUACACACAGACUGAGAAGUAGAGACAAUCGUCCUUCAACGCGUGAGGAAACGAUGGAUGAAAAGCAAAGUAAAAUGCCUCCCACAGCGCCUACAGAAAGUAGUGUUACCUCCACAUUAAAAAGAAGGAGGGUUAAGUUAAAAACAGAGCAAAUUCCAGCCAAGGUGUCCAAAUUUGAUGUUUCCCAUGAGGCCCCAUCAGUAUCGGAAGACUGUGAGGAGAGAACAGACACAGAUAAACAGGUAGAAGUGAUUGCUGGCAGACCACAGAUUGAUAAGGAGACAGAGGAAGGUCGUAUCGCUCAGACGUCAGAAGUAGAGCAGCAGCAGCUGGGGCUGAUGGGAGAACAAACCUUAACAGAGAGGAAAGCACAGUCAGCAGACCAGCCUGAAGUUUUUCCAUCACAGUGUUUUAACAACCCAAAACCUCUGAGCCCUAACCACAGCGAUAGCCUCAAAGAAACGUUGGAUCUGAGCCGCAGUGAGGAAUCUGCGCACAAUGUUGAGGUUCAAAAGAAUGUCAACUCUCUGCAGAAUACAGAUUCACAAAGCGUUGAUGUAGUGACAUCCUCAGAAUGUGAACAAAAAUCUAAACCUGUUGACCCCCCAUCUGGUGUUAAAACUGAGAAUAUAGAGAUGGAGGUUGAUGAUUUCAAUCCUGUGGAGUCAAAUAGUUCUAAAUCUGUGGAAGACAAUGACACUGCAAUUCGGUCUGAGGGUCCAAUCAGUAAGAGGAACACUUUUAGACGGAGAAGAGGUGGAAGGAGGAGGAGGAGGAGAGGCAGUGUUGUGGUCCAAAAAGAGAGUUAUGUGGAGCAGGAGAGUCAGGAAACCAGCAAUGAUUUCGAUGAGGAAGGUUCAAAUGUCAUCUACACUAAAAAAGGGAGCAAAACUGUGUUGAAGUGUGGCUACUGUGGUCGUACAUUUAAAUUUCUAUCCCAGUUUGUUAUCCAUCAGCGCAUUCAUACAGGAGAGAGACCUUUUAAAUGCCAUGAAUGUGGCAAAGGUUUCAGCAAAAACUCAAACUUGAACCUUCAUCUCAAGACGCACAGAAAGAGUAACAUAUAUCAGAAAUGUCCGUACUGUGAAAUUAAAUUCUCUUGCUCUGAGUACUCGGCUCAUAUGAAGAUGCACGAGCAGGACGAAGACGCUGAGGAAAAAGCAACUGAAAAAGAGAGCAGAGGUGAAGAAUAUGAAGACGGUCAGAAACUACAGAGGAUAAGUUUCCAAGAGAAGAAAGAAAGCAAAGUGUGCCAGUAUUGUGGAAAAACAUUCCCGUUUCAGUCUGCCCUCAUACGACAUGUGCGUGUCCACACAGGGGAGAAACCUUAUAAAUGUGAUAUAUGUGGUAAAGCUUUCGGUCAGGCCUAUUUCCUCCGUGUUCAUGAGUUGACACACUGGUCUGUGAAGCGUUACAACUGCACACGCUGUGGAAAAUCGUUUACUCACUAUAGUAAUGCAAAAAAUCACUCCUGUAAACCUUUUAGUGAUGACGAUUUACAUUCAAAUAGACGAGUAAAGCCGUCGCUCACUUAUACAUGCCAUAUCUGCAAAAAUAUUUUCGACCAUCUGCAGGAGUUCAACAGCCACAUGAGAGCACACACCGGUGCCAAGCUUUAUCGCUGCUUGUUCUGCGACAAGCUGUUCGGUGUGCUGUCAGAAUUCAAUGCUCAUCGCGGUCAGUGCCACCAAACCAAAGAGGAGAAAAUGUCCUCCAACUUGGAGGACGCAGAGGGUGAAACACUGUCAUUUAUACAGUAUUCAGUGCCUGCUCUUAGAUGUUCGUCAGGACAGUAUUCAGCCUCUAUUCUCCCUGGUGGAAACUGUGAAUUAGAGAAAAAGCAAAGUCAAGCAUCACAGAUCCGACGCAAGAAACGCUCAGCGAACUCAAAGAAACCAUUCCAGACAACCGUCAUACCGGAAAGCGAUUUUUCACACCUCGUGUCAAAGUUGAACAAACUAGAUAACAGGUCCGAUCCCAGGAAAUAUUUGUGUCCGAGCUGUGGCAGACUGUUCAGACACAUGGGUAGACUGCGAGCCCACAUGCUCACACACUCGGGGAGUCAAAGUUACACCUGUGCCUGUUGUGGUAAGAGCUUAGAAAGCUGGAGAAAACUCUGGUAUCACCAGAGAAUUCACCGACAGCGGCGCGGGCGCUUCACGUGUCCUCAGUGCGGUCAGGGUUUUCGUUUCGUGGAGGCGUACAAAAAGCAUAUGAGCGAACAUCCUGAUUUCCAGUGGAUUCAGGUGAGGUCCAAAAAAGUGUUUCUGCCUUAUCAGUGUGAGCACUGCAAAUCCAGGUUUAAAACUUUAGAUUUGCUAUUUAGCCACCAGCUAUGCCAUUCUUCAACGCAAGAGACACACAAGGACUCCGAUUUCGAUUUAUCCAUAGACGAUCAAAGUGCACAACCAUACAAGAGCACGUUAAACCACACCCAUCCUGUACCUGAAGAAAACAACACUUUUGCAGCUCACCAUAGUGACACCUUCUCUCCUCCGAGAUAUCCAGACCCAAUUCCACAUAAGUCACCUCUAGCACCCAUGAUUACAUUUGUCCGAAACCUGGCUCAGGAUCUGGAUAAAACAAUGCAAAGUGCCAGGAGUAAACUUUAUAACCAGGGCGUAGAGACCAGUGAUAGAAUAGAUGAAAACACACAUGGAAAGCCAAUCACACCUUUGAGAAGUGUGAAAAAACACAUGACGCCAAAUGCUCGUGUUUGCACCGAAGGCACUUCAGACGGCUUUAAUUGCGCCAUGUGUGGUCACGAAUUUCCUGCCAUUUCAGAUCUGUACGAUCAUUAUUUGCAGCAUGCCAGAGGCCAGGUAUAGUGUCCACAAUGGAAAUAGUUCAUCAACAUUUCGUACCUUGUUUUACGCUGUGCUCUUGUAGACGUAGAACACGCAACGUAGAAAUAGUCUGUCAUGCACUUGGAUAUAUAAGGGAAGUCUUAAAGCCUCGAAAGGUGGAAAACAUAUUAAACUCUUUACCAUCUACCCUGUCAGUUAAUAAUUUGCCGAAUGUAUAAAAUUAAUGUACAAAACAGUGGAGUGUUUUCAUGAAGUCUGUUAACUGUAAGUAAUAGCUACUAACCUUUUGUUGCAUUUCUGUCAUUCAUUUCUAUCAUUUUGGGGACAGAUCAGCAGACUAGAAUGAAGGGAGAAAACUGUUGUACCAGCAAGAAUACAGCCUAAUGUCAGAGAGAUGUGCCUAAUAUUUUGUUCAUGGAGUUCAAUAAUGCCUAACCACAAGAAGCCCUGGGUAAAUUAAAUUAAAUUUUGUCCAACAGAGCACUUAAAGACAUUCAUGAUGGAACACACCAUGACAGUCUUAAAAUAUUAGAUUCAGAUCAUUGGUUGUUCAGUGCAUUUGAAAAAGCUACAUAUGGUCGUAUUUUGAUGUUUUGAUUGUGUUGUAACUU